AAAUAUUUGAAAAGCUGUAGAUAUAUUUGACAUGGGUUCCUUGUUUGUGCUGAUCCGGUCAUUUCCCUCGUCUUUACCAUGGUUUAGGUGCUUCAGUACAUCACAUCAAUUGUUCAAAACUGCAUCUUCCAACCGAUGGCUGAAUAGGCAGAAUAACGAUUACUUCACAAGAAGAGCAAAGGUUGAAAACUACAAAUCGAGGGCCGCGUUCAAGUUGCUUCAGAUUGACGAGAGAUUCAAAAUUUUCAGGUCAAAAUCUAGUUCUCCUCGCAAUACCUUGAAUGUACUCGAUCUAGGUGCAGCACCCGGAGCUUGGAAUCAGGUCGCCCUUGACCGAAGUCCUCACGGAUCGAAGAUAUUGGGCGUGGACAUCCUCCCCUACCAGCCUCCAGACGGCGCUUCUACGCUUCAGGGUAACAUUUUGAGCAAAGGGACACACCAACAGAUCAAGAACUUUUUCACGUUAUCAGAGCUGGAAAAAAAGGAUGAAAUAUUUAAUGAUGUUGAAAUUAUUACAAGCUCUAAAAGUACACCUGAGCCUAUGGAAUCCGAUGCCUCGAUACUAGAAAAAGAAAUAGAAGUCAGCCAAUUAAUGGGCAAGGAAUUAAGCAAUAAAGACAAUGGCCCCGCCGCCGAUCCAGCCUCUUCAGGUUCCGAUUUGACAGCUUCCUAUCCUGUGGAUGUUGUAUUGAGUGAUAUGAUGGCAAAUACAACUGGGCUUGCGUUGAAAGACCAUGUCAUGUCCAUGGAUCUCUGUGACGCAGCCUUAAUUACAGCAGUGGACCUUCUCAAAAAGAAUGGAUCCUUGGUUAUGAAGUUUUUUUCCGGUGAAGAUGAUGUGGUCCUAGAGAAGCGGUUGAAUGCGGUGUUUAGAGAGGUAAAGAGGUUCAAACCUAAGGCUUGCCGGUUGGAAUCUAAGGAAUGUUACUUUGUAUGUUUAGGAAAGCGAGCCUAUGAUGUUGACAAGGUAGAGUUGUUCAGCAUGCGCUAAUUUCAUUCCAAUGCAAGAAGAGUUAUUUUUUAGCUAUUCGUAAGGAAU